AUGUGGCAAGAUUAUUUGUCGGAGUUUUCGGGCUUGCAUGCGGAGGCAGAGCGCCUCCUCGCGGCUGAGGCGCAGGCCGCAGAGCCGCUCGAAGCGCGGCAGCAUAAACUCGACGUCCUUCUCAAGAAAAUGAAACGAUGCUUCUCCUCUCUCGACAUGGAGGUCCGCUCGCUGCCGCGCCCCGAGAGGCAGCCCCUGGAGGCGUCGCUCACCACCUGCAGGCGGCAGUUCGAAGACAUUCAACGAGGAGCGCUGUUGCUGGGAGGAGAAGGCCGCAGCCCCGGACAGGCGAACGCGCUGCGGCGGAACCAGAGUGCGCUCGACAAACUCCAGCGUGGAAACAGUCAGCUCGAGCAAAGCUGCCGGAUCGCGGCGGAGGCAGAGAAAGUCGGCGAGGCCGCGCUCUGCUCGCUGUACGUACAGCGUGAGACGCUCUCGAGGACGAUGACGCGAACCAAAGAAGUCCAGCGCAACAUGGAUGAAGCUGACACCGUUCUCACGAAAAUGUCCAAGUGGUGGAAUGGCAUUUGGUGA